AGUUGGAGUCCAGAAUAAGUGCCCUUAGAAGGAAAGCUUGUCAAAUCUGGCUACGUUUUGAUGCCGAGCGUUGCGUGCCAUCUGCCUGCGCUUUGGGAACAACAACCACGUAACAGCCAUGGAUUUUCCCCAGAAAUGAACUGAAACAGGCGCAAUCAAAUAGUUUAAAGUCAGUAUUACACGUGUACUAACAAAAUAUUAGUACAGUGGUAUGAUAAAGAUCCAAAAGAGACCCUGAAACGCGUAGUGCAGGAAAGGGGGUACAGCCAAGCGCAAGUGUCCGCGGCUCGAGACAGCGGAGGCGGGCGGGAGACGAAGGAUAACGCGGCGCUAUGGAGAUGUUGCGCCGCUCCUCCGUGUUUGCAGCUGAAGUGUUUGACCGUUCACCCACGGAUAAAGAGCUCGUGUCACAAGCCAAAGCGCUCUGCCGGGACUACAUCCACUCCAGACUGAACCGGGCCGGGAUUGGCUGGUCCAAACCCGAGCACGGACUGGUGGCGUCAGGUGGUUCACUUGGGGAGAUCUCCUCGGUGCUGAUAUGGUUGGGUGAUGAGCUGGAGUACCUCCGUCCAAAUGUUUACCGAAAUGUGGCUCGACAGCUCAACAUCACGGUGGCCUCAGAGAACGUGGUUUCAGAUGCCUUCUUGGCUGUAGCAGCAGAUAUUUUCUCUACAGGAGUGACUUGGGGGAAGGUUGUUUCUCUGUAUGCUGUGGCCGGAGGAUUAGCUGUGGACUGUGUGAAACAUGGACACCCAGCGAUGGUCCACACUAUAGUGGACUGUAUGGGGGAGUUUGUCCGCAAGAGUUUGGCCUCAUGGUUAAAGAGAAGAGGAGGCUGGGUGGAUGUUACAAAGUGUGUGGUGAAUACAGAUCCCAGUUUCCGCUCUCAUUGGCUCGUGGCUGCUGCUUGUACGUGCGGGCACUACCUGAAGGCCAUAGUUUUGUAUCUGCUCCGAGACAAGUGAAAAACAUUGUUAUAUUUAGUCAUCUGGAAGGACAGAUCAGUGCACUAUGCUCACAGCUUUGGGAUAUGUUUACACUUCACUGCACUGAGCCUUCAUCCAUGGACCACGGUUUCUUCACAAACUAUAUCUUUUUUGUUUUCGUUUGGCCUUAAAGAUUGUGGCACACAGUGAAAAUAUAAUGUGCAUGCUUUAUAUGUUGAUUAAUAUAUGUUUUACUGAAUGAUAAAACUACACAACUUCACACCUGUAGUAAUAGAUUGUACUGCCUCUUGUGGUAGAGACUAGGAAUGUUUUUUAAUAAAAUAAAUGGUUAAAAAGUAUCCAGUAAAAGUAAAAGUACUUAAAGUAUUAAACAAGAUUAUGAAGUACUUUUACUUUUUGGCCUUCAAUAACUUUACAUUAAUUAUAGGUAACUUUACUCACUAAGUGUCCAGAUUUCUCACUGCUGUCAAAAAAGUGCACAGUGCAAUAUAUAUAAAAGGUAUUUGUUGUUCUGUUAACUAUGAUAUUCAUGUAACAGAAUAGUUCCUGAUAGAUUUUAACUCACAUACACUGAGCUGUAUUAGAAGACUGUAUGCAUUUUUUUAUUUUAUUUUUAUUUUUUUUUUAGAUUUUACAAACGCAGCCUCAAAAUGCAUUGUUCUGUUAUAAUGAUAAGGCUUAAAAUUUUGUGUAAAUUUGCAUUAGGUUCAGAGACCCUGGCAGUUGCUAAUCUGUCGCCAUCAUGAUUUGUGCGUCUUUUAAAGCUCUGUUGUAAUAGCUGUGAUGCAAAUGGAGGCGUUGUCUUCUCUGUGAGCACUUUGAUGACAUUUCAUAUAUGUAGACUUUAUUCUAUGAAUAAUUUCACUUUUUAUGACCUAAAGCACUAGGAGUCCUAGUAAAAUGAGCAAAUGUCUGUCAUUUCGUACACAAAUAAUGUAAGAUUUAAAUAAAUGUUUACUACUGUGUUUA